AUGUCAACCCAAGGGUGGAUGCCAGGAGGCGCGCCUCCCGACGAACCCACCCCACUAAACGAGCUUAACGAGGUCUUAGAGCUGGGUGCCCGCCAUACCCGCAUGGCCCUCCGCAGAGCGCGCCGCGGCCAAAACCGCGAUUCAGACUCGGAGGAGCUGUACACCCCCGCGAUCGCGGGCGAGUCCGACCCCUCGUUCCUUGAGAAUCAGACGAUGAAGUGCGAGAUCAAGCACCUGGACCGCAAGUACAACGACAAGGGCGAGCUGUACUUCGCCGAGCGCGGCGGCGCCGACGACGACGCGGCCGCCAAGCCGCGGCAGCCCGGCUGGUGGCGGCUGUACGCCUUCUGCGUUGUGCGCCUGUUCGACAGGGCCGGCAAGGUGCUGCCCAAGCACACGCGCCUGUACAUCAACCCCACGCCGCUGCGCGCUUUGCUCCGGGACGUCAUCGGCAACUACCCGUCGGACCCAAUCAAUGUGCACGACGUGCAGAUCGUGGCGCCGUACUACGCGCUGUUCCACUACCGGAAGGAGCUCGAGUCCGUCGGUCUCAAGCGCUUCGAGGGCGACGGGAAGGAGAAGGACGCAGAAGGAAAUUUCGAGUCAGCGGCGCAGCUGCGCAUGCUGCUGAUGUGGAUCGAUACGCACUUCGCGCUCGCCAUCGAGGCGCACUGGCGGUGCGUCAACCCCGCCGGGGAGGGCAUCAAGGCGAUCACCUACGAGUACCUGUGGACGCUGUCCCCGCCGCAGCAGCUAAUCCACACCAAGGUCCUCGAGCAGCACCGGGUUUACAAGGUCAUCAGCAGCAGCUGGUACCAGGACCAGGAGCACGUCAACCCCGGGCUGAUGUUCACAGUGACGUACAUCGACUACGACGGCGACAGGAUGGGCACCCGCCUCGCGAACCUGCUCAUCCGGGAAUACAAGGGCAGCAAGGAGCUGUGCGAGCUCAACGCGAUGCCGCUGGAAUUGCUGGACAACGCCGAUGAUGUGCGCGCGGAGCUGCUGGCGCGCGGACGCCGGUUCGAGGCUUAUACUGGGCAGCAUUUUGAGAGCUACGACGGUAUCGCCGUCAAGACGGACGAAAAGGGGAAUCAUGCGAAAUUCAGCGUCCAAGGUCGUAUUAUGAUCGACUGCAAGACGUACCACCGUCUCGAGCCCAACGACUCCUUCCGCGUCGUGCAGUCGAGCGAGUCAGCUGAGCGCGAAAAGGCACGGCUCAAGGCAAAGGGCAAGACGGGCUUCGCAUCCGAUAAGCGGAUCCACGAUCCGCUGUCUGACGAGGAGGCGUGCAUGGCGAAUGCAACGAUACGCGGCUUCUCAUUCACAGUGAAGCGAUUCCUGGAGUUCUUCGUGGACAACGUGUCGCCCAUCGAGUGGAACGAGCAGUGCUUCGACGAGUUAGUACUAGACGCCGUCACCAAGUAG